CAAGGGUUUGAGCAAUGAUUUUGGUUGUUGUCUCGUCCUCAGGUACCAGUUCACUCCCGCGUCUAGCCUGCCUGUGCCGUGUGCGGGACUGAGCGGACGUACUUUGACAAACAUAAAACCCGGCUGCUUGCCCAGAUUCUCGAGCCACUCCUUUUCUUACCUUCAUCACACCACAAACAAAUAACCAAGUUGACCUGACUUUACCAUCGUUAUCAACGAAUUCCACCUACUUUUCAAACCCCAAAUCAAUUCAAAAUGUCUCUUCACUACCUUCCCCCCGUUAAGCCCUCGGCCAUUGCCCUCGGCACCGUCUUCUGCCAGACCGCCGAGCUUGCCGUCCUCUCCCCCAUCUUUGGUGCUACCUACAACCGCGCCAAGGCUGCAAACACCAAGGAGGAGUUCCUUCGCUCAAAGGAGGCUUCCUCUGCUGGAAUUGCUUGGGGAACCUCGCUGCUCGGCUCUGCCCUUCAGUCGUAUGGUGUCGGUGCUCUAAUCAACGCCACUGCCACCCUCAGCUACAAGGGUUCGGCUUACCUCGGUGCCCUGAUCUUCAUGGCUACUUCUGCCCCUGGCUACAUCUCGCAAGUCUUCUUGGAGAAGCGCCCGCUUGAGACUGUCGGCGUCAGUGUCGUCGCCAAGGUCAUGGAGACUGUUGGCCUCGCCUGCGUCCUGACCUGGUGGGGAACCCGCACCAACCCCUUCGAAUAAGCUAUUUUCUUUAGUCGAACGGUUUGAGAUGGAGCGGAUGAAUAUGAAGGCGCAUUGAAGGCGUCAAGGCUGGCUGGAGUUGUCAACUGUGUUAAUUGCAACCAGGCGUUUUGUUUCGUUUUCUUUUCCCGUAGUUCACAAAUAAUCAAUACCGAAACAAACCAAAUACCACUUGACCAUGAUGUCCUUGAUUGCCAUGUAUGCAUGCCUAAACCACGCUUGCAACUCUUUUCACAGCCAAUAGACGCAAUAAUUGAUUGCUUUGCAAACCUUAGCCAGCAGUUAAACAACCGAAUGUGAACCCACCUGAACGCCCAAAAUGUACAUCAUAAACACCAUUCCCAGUUUUUGUGCUGACAAGCCAAUUCGGCUAUCUAACUCCCCCCAACACAGACUAAUCCCUCAUAGGAGUCCCCUGAGCUGCUUAGCAAACUCUUUCUGUGCCGUGCUGACCAGCUCCUUGUACGCCUUGGGGUAGUCAUCCUCCUCACCAUCCUCCUCGAUUGCGUCCUUCUUCUUCUUGUCCGCCUCCCGCUUCCUGCCCUGAGCCAAGAGCAUCACCACCGACGUGGGACGCUUCGUCUUGGCUGCAGCACCAAGCUCGGCACGCGAGGGAACAAACAGGUAAGGAACGUUGCGCUCCUCGCAGUAGACGGGCAGGUGCAUGAUGACCUCGGCGGGUGAAAUGUCUCCAGCGAUUAUGACGACGCCAGGGACUUCGGUGGUGGUGGCGGUUUUGGUGGGUGCUUUCCGGAGGGCCUUGUUGACCUCUUUCACACCUCGGAGGAGAGCAUGCUUCUUGGUAGCCUUCUUUAUCGCCUUCAGAACCUUCUUCUGGACCUUGUCAUCGGCCAGAGGCAGCGCAAACGACACGAGCGCACCCUUGGGCAGCUCGCCCUUGGCGACAAUUGCCUUGGCCUCGUCCAUCUCCUCGUCAGAUUCGGCAUCGUCGACGACGGCGGGAGCCUUGACCGCCGAGCCGGCGGCCGACGCUUGCAGGUGCUCGUCCAGUGCGCUGGCAAGACGCUCCUUGCUCUUCUUGUCCUUCUUGUCCUUCUUUGAGGAUUUGGAGACGCCAUCCUUUUCACUGCGCUUCUUCUCCUUCUUUUCCUUCUUCAGCCUCGCCGCCUCAUCGCCGGCGACAUCCUUCUUCUUGUCUGAACCCAUUGCUGCUUGCGGUUGUCGGUUUGUUGAUGUAGCUUUGCUUUUUUGAAAAAAAAAAAAGAUAAAAAUUUGUGACCUUGCAAAUAUCACAAGCCUCAAUGUCAGCGGCGUGUGCGAAUACGGGGAUAAUUGGACGCUGUUCGGACAGAGAUACAAGCCUCUUUUCUUGCGCCGGCGAGCUUAUCUUGAACUUUUCGAGCUAGGCGCGUUGGUG